AUGGAUAAUCCUGCGACACGACAACCAAUGAGUGAGUUGGAACUGCUGAGAAUGCAGAUGAAUGCCAAGACCGAUGAGACUCUUGAUUCAACAAGGAACAUGGUUCGUUUAUGUGAUGAGAGUACAAAAGUGGGCGCUCAGACACUGGGAAAGUUGGAGUCCCAAGGCCAACAACUAAGAGGGAUCGAUUCGGAUAUGGAUACCAUUCGUGAAGAUCUACACGAAGCACAACGUGACCUUGAUGAGAUCGAUAAGUGUUGUGGUUUAUGCGUUUUACCGUGGAGGAAAGUCAAACCAGAUGCGAAAACGUCGAAAUAUCCAACGAGUGGGAAUGGUUAUCUAACUGGAACUAGUAAUAAUUAUCAAGUUAACUCUUAUCAGCCACAGUCAGGAUUUCAAAUUCAGCAAAACCAACAAAAGAGUGGGCCUUUCAUCACCAGAAUCACCAAUGACGCUCGUGAAGACGAAAUGGAACAGAAUUUACAACAAGUUUCAGGGAUGGUAUCUCAACUGCAUUCUAUGGCUACUGAUAUGAAUCAAGAGAUAACAACACAUAAUCAGAUUCUUGAUCGAAUAGAUCAAAAAGCGCAAUAUAAUCAGUCACAAUUGGCGUUCGCUCAAAAGAGAGCUGAUAAAAUUUUAGGACAAUCAUCGAAACCGGACAACAAAAGUAACAGUGUUUUACCAUCCAGUACAACUCUUACAGCCGCAAAAAUGAUGAUGAAAUAA